CAGGCGGGCAGCGCAGAGGCUGCGGUGGCAGUGGCCGCGGUGCUGGCCCUGCGGGGCCCCGGGGGGGAGGGGGAGCCGCGAAGCCCCCGCUGAGGCCGCCGCUGCCGGGCCUCCCCUCCCCCCCCCUCCGGGCAGGCGCCAUGCGGGGGGGCCCGGGAGAUGCGGAGCGGCGACAGCGCUGGGGUCGCCUCUUCGAGGAGCUGGAUAGUAACAAGGACGGCCGCGUGGACGUGCACGAGUUGCGCCAGGGACUGGCCAGGCUGGGCGGGGGCGACCCGAACCGCGACACCCAACAGGGCAGCUCCCCUGAGGGUGACACUGACCCACACGGUGGGCUCGAUCUGGAGGAGUUCAGCCGCUACCUGCAGGAGCGGGAACAGCGCCUGCUGCUUCUGUUCCACAGCCUGGACCGGAAUCGGGACGGUCAUAUUGAUGUGUCCGAGAUCCAGCAGAGUUUCAGAGCUCUGGGUAUUUCCAUCUCGCUGGAGCAAGCUGAGAAAAUUCUGCACAGCAUGGACCGAGACGGCACGAUGACCAUCGACUGGCAGGAAUGGCGCGACCACUUCCUGUUGCAUUCGCUGGAGAAUGUGGAGGAUGUGGUCUAUUUCUGGAAGCAUUCGACGGUCUUGGACAUUGGCGAGUGCUUGACUGUUCCUGACGAGUUUUCAGAGCAGGAGAAGCUGACUGGCAUGUGGUGGAAGCAGCUGGUGGCGGGCGCGGUGGCAGGUGCUGUGUCGCGGACGGGCACAGCCCCUCUGGACCGCCUCAAGGUCUUCAUGCAGGUCCAUGCCUCCAAGACCAACACGCUGAACAUCCUGGGGGGCCUAAAGAGCAUGAUCCGCGAGGGGGGCAUGCGCUCCCUGUGGCGUGGAAAUGGGAUUAACGUGCUUAAGAUCGCUCCCGAGUCGGCUAUCAAGUUCAUGGCCUAUGAGCAGAUCAAGAGGGCCAUUCGAGGGCAGCAGGAGUCACUGCACGUGCAAGAGCGCUUUGUGGCCGGUUCCCUGGCAGGCGCCACAGCCCAAACCAUCAUUUACCCCAUGGAGGUGCUGAAGACGCGGCUGACCCUACGCCGGACCGGCCAGUACAAGGGGCUGCUGGACUGUGCGUGGCAGAUCCUGGAGCGAGAGGGGCCCCGAGCCUUCUACCGAGGCUACCUGCCCAACGUGCUGGGUAUCAUCCCCUACGCAGGCAUCGACCUGGCCGUCUAUGAGACGCUGAAGAACCGGUGGCUCCAGCAGUACAGCCACGACUCGGCCGACCCAGGUGUUCUAGUGCUUCUGGCCUGCGGCACCAUCUCCAGCACCUGUGGCCAGAUCGCCAGUUACCCCCUGGCCCUGGUCCGGACCCGCAUGCAGGCCCAAGCCUCCAUCGAGGGCGCCCCCCAGCUCUCCAUGCUGGGUCUGCUCCGUCACAUCCUGUCCCAGGACGGCGUGUGGGGCCUCUACCGGGGUAUUGCCCCCAACUUCAUGAAGGUUAUCCCGGCUGUGAGCAUCUCCUAUGUGGUCUACGAGAACAUGAAACAGGCCCUGGGGGUCACAUCCAGGUGAGGGACCCAGAGCCUGCCCCACCCCAGAUCCCUCACCCUAAUCAUGAAACCCCCCACACCUCAGCCACUGGAGACUGAUGGCCCAGCCAAUGGAUCCCAGGGCCCCCCACACCAAAUCACAGGAUCCCUACACCUAAUCCACCGGGUCCUGCACCCCACAUCACAGCUACUGGCCGCCCCCCCCCGACACAUACACACUGGGUCCUGGACCUCCAUGUCUUAACCAUGGGCUCUCCUUCAACCCAACUAAUGGAUCCUGACAACCUAACCACAGGAGCACAUCCGCCAUAUCUCAACACCCAGACCCCAGCUCCCUCAGGCCCCAGAGCCUGCACUGGGUCCUAGAUCCCCAAGCCCACUGGCGGAUCCCAGAUCCCCAGGCUUCCAGCCCUGGAUCUCCAACCUCGGCCACUGGAUUCUGGAUAUCAAGAAGCCUCAGCCACCGGAUCCUGACAGUGCAAUGCCUAGAUCCGGGGGCCCCAGCCACUGGAUCCCAGGUCCCCUCACCCCAACUACUGGAUUCUUGAAUUCCUUUACCUUGACACUGAGUCCCGGAUCCCUCUGUUUUGACUACUGGAUUCCCUACAUUUCAACCACUACACCCUCAACCCCCAACCACCGGAUCUCGGAUUCCCAAGCCCUGAGCAGCUGGAUCCUGGCUUCUAAAUCCACAAUGUGAGAGCCCAACAGCAGAGCGAAUGGGUCCUGGCAACUGCAGCUGUUGGGCCCCAACCGCUUCACCACAGGCACUGGAUGCUGAACCCCACCUGUAGGAAGUAGACCCCAACCCUUCCAAGCACUGGAUCCCAGCCCCUUCACUCCUGGAUUCUGACCGGAAUCCUCCCGAGGCACUGGAUCCUGAAUGCUCAGGCUCUAAGUCUAGAUAGAUCCCGAUAGGCCAAUCACAGCAUCCUGGGUCCCACAGCCCCUGUCCCAGACACACGCAAGAGCCCAAGGCCCUCCCCCCUGCCCUCGAUGAUGACACAAAGCCCAUGGUCUAAGGAGUCUGUGGGGAGCCCAGGUCCUGGCCUCCCUCUUGGCACUUGUCCAAAGUCCUGACCCAUCUAAAAGCUGGCAGCGGAGGAAGAAGAGGCCCCUCCCACACCCUAGACAGAGGCUGGAUACCCCCACCCCCUGCCCAGCAUGGCUACACCUCUGACCCCCUGGGGAAACUGCUCCCCCAAAAUGCUCUGCAGUGUCUUCUUUCCCCUUCCCACCUUUGGGCUGAUGAUAACCCCCAGUCACUCUUCCUUGGGGGCCGGCAAGGGGGCACUCUGAGGCUGGGGACACAUUAAGGGGACCCCCCCAACACACCCCUAGCACUUC